AUGAUGAGGAUGCUCAUUGUUGCUGAUGACAGCCUCGUCUUAUAUGCCAUUUCCUCCCGGCACCUCGUCAGAAUCACUGCGAAUCUACCGACUAUCCCGCAUUAUCGCACGCCAUCUGAAGCAGAUGCUCAUUUGCUUUGGACGAAUCCCCUUCCGUUGCUGGACCCCCUUAAUCGUGGCGUCGCAGCUGCCACGAAUGUUGUCAAGAGCACCGCGGCUCGAGAAGGCACCGUGUUCGUCGCUGCCAUGGCGCGCGGCUCACCUCAAUCCUAG